GGAAUUUGAACUCACAACGUAACAACAGACGAAAUACGGCUACGCAUUUCGCCUGGCGUGCUAACGAUUCUGCCAGCUCGAUAACAUGUACCGUGCUUUCACUAAUUGUUUUAGGUACUUAUGAAGUAACGAGCAUUGACACCCCGUCGGCUCUUCAUCCUCGACCCAGCGACACGUCUACGAUGUGAAAGUUGGAGGGUCAGUGAGAGGUGCAUGAUAAUUUGACUGGCUCUCUUUGAAGUCGAAUAGAAUGUUACAACGUGAAAAAAAAAAAAAAAAAAAGUAAUCGAACACCCGACCUUAGACUCAUGAACUAAAUACUCUAACCGAUAGGCCAAAUGUUUCAGUAAGACCCUUCUACCUCCCAUUUUCGUUACCUUAUGCAUUAUCAAUCAGCGGACAUCCCAUAAUUCAACUUCCGUUGUGUCAGUAUACAAAGAUUCUAAAUCAUUUUCAAACUGUGAAUGACUUUCAGUACAGACUGUCAUUUAUUCUGUGAUAGCGUUCUGUGAACUCAAUUCCAUUGAAAAGAAUACCAGAUGCCACUGGCAUGGAAGGAUUCUUUACUUCAGAUGUAUCAUUUAUAUUUGUCAUCUUUUAAAGUGUAAAUGAAGAUGUUGUACAGAACAGACAUAACCCUUUUUAUAUGAAUCUAGAGGUGGAGUUUCUGUGAACUGAGACUAAGAUCACGACAUAUUGAGAAAUAAGUUUGCAGCAUUUUCAGAUAUUAAAAGGAAAAAAAAUUAAUGGAAAUAUAGCAGAAAUAUUUGUUAGGUAAAGAUGUAUAAAAGCAUAUGAGAAGAAAAAUAUCUGUAUACUGUUGUGAAAGAAAAUAUAUUAUGGAAAAUGAAUUAUGUGAGAAUGAGAGUAAAUAUAAAACAGAGUCUAAAGGAAAUGAUUUUCCUGUUAGAAGACUAAAAGAGAAAGGAAAAACACACGAAUGUGAUAUCUGUAAAAAGUCAUUCUCCCAUAAAUGUAACCUAACUACUCACAGACGCAUUCAUACAGGAGAGAAACCAUAUAUAUGUAAUAUUUGUGGUAAAUCAUUCUAUGGAAGUAGUGACUUAACUAGACACAAACGUAUUCAUACAGGAGAGAAGCCAUAUCACUGUGAUGUCUGUGGUAAAUCAUUCUCUCAAAGGAGACAUUUAACUACUCAUCAACAUAUUCACACAGGAGGGAAGCCAUAUCACUGUGAUAUCUGUGGUAAAUUAUUCUCUAGAAGUAGUCACUUAACUACUCACAAGCGUAUACAUACAGGUGAGAAGCCAUAUUGCUGUGAUGUUUGUGGUAAAUCAUUCUCCAAAAGUGGUGUCUUAAGUACACACAAACACAUUCAUACAGGAGAGAAACCACAUCGCUGUGACACUUGUGGCAAAUCAUUCUCUCGAAGUAGUCACUUAGCUACUCAUAAAUAUAUCCAUACAGGAGAGAGGCCAUAUCACUGCGAUAUCUGUGGUAAAUCAUUCUCUGAAAGUAGUACCUUGAUUAAACACAAACGCAUUCACACAGGGGAGAGGCCAUAUCACUGUAAUAUUUGUGGCGAAUCUUUCUCUCGAAAAGGUAUCUUAACAGCACACAAACGCAUUCAUACAGGAGAAAAACCAUAUCACUGUGAUAUCUGUGCUAAAUCAUUCUCUAGACGUAGUCAGUUACUUACUCACCAAAAUUUGCAUUCUGGUGAGAAACCAUAUCCCUGUGAUAUUUGUAGUAAAUCCUUCUCUGAAAGUAGUACUUUAACUAAACACAAGCGCAUUCAUACAGGAGAGAAGCCAUAUCACUGUAGUAUAUGUGGCAAAUCGUUCUCUCGUAGUGGUGACUUAACUACUCACAAACGUAUUCAUACAGGAGAGAAACCAUAUCACUGUGAUACCUGUGGUAAAUCAUUUUCUGAAAGUGGUAGCUUAACUAUACACAUACGAACUCAUACUGGAGAGAAACCAUAUCACUGCGAUAUCUGUGGUAAAUCCUUUUCUGAAGCACGAAACUUAACCACUCACAAACGUAUACAUACAGGUGAGAAGCCAUAUCACUGUAAUAUCUGUGGUAAAUCAUUUUCUGAUAGUGGUACCUUCACUACUCACAGACGUACUCAUACAGGAGAGAAACCAUAUCAAUGUGAUAUCUGUGGUAAAUCAUUCCCCCGAAAGAGUCCCCUUACUACUCACAAAAAUACCCAUACAGGAGAGAAGCCAUACCAUUGUAAUAUUUGUGGUAAAACAUUUUCUCAUAGAAGUGCCUCAUAUGUACACAAACGGGUUCACACAGGAGAGAGGCCAUACCACUGUGAAAUUUGUGGUAAAUCAUUUUCUUUAAAAUCUUCCCUCACAACUCACAGAAAUAUUCAUACAGGAGAGAAGCCAUAUCCCUGUGAUGUUUGUGGUAAAUCAUUCUCUCAAAAAAGUCACCUAAAUACUCACAAAAAUAUUCACACAGGAGAGAAGCCUUACCACUGUGAUAUCUGCGGUAAAUCCUUCACAAAUAAAUGUAACCUAACUACUCACAGACGCAUACAUACAGGAGAGAAGCCAUAUAACUGUGAUGUUUGUCAUAAAUCAUUCUCUCAAAAAGGUGAACUAACUAUUCACAUAAGGCUCCACACAGGGGGGAAACCAUAUCACUGUGAUAUCUGUGGAAAAUCAUUCUCACAAAAAUGUCGCCUAACUAAUCACAGAAGUAUCCAUACAGGGGAGAAACCAUAUCACUGUGAUAUUUGUGGUAAAUCCUUUACAAUUAAGAGUAACCUAAUGAGACACAAAGACAUUCAUAAUGGAGUAAAACGAUAUUGCUGUAAUGUCUGUGGUAAAUCAUUCGUUCAAAGUGGAGAUUUAACUAAGCACAAACGUAUUCAUACAGGAGAGAAACCGUAUCACUGUGAUAUCUGUGGUAAAUCUUGCUCCACAAGUAGUGACUUAAUUAAACACAAACGUGUUCAUACAGGUGAAAAACCAUACCACUGUGAUAUCUGUGGUAAAUCCUUCUCGGAAAGUAGUUCCUUAGCUCCCCACAAGCGUGUUCAUACAGGUGAGAGGCCAUAUCACUGUGAUAUCUGUGGUAAAUCAUUUUCUGAAAGUGGUAGCUUAACUAAGCACAAACACGUUCAUACAGGAGAGAAGCCAUAUCACUGCAAUAUUUGUGGUAAAUCAUUUUCUCAAAAUAAAGACUUAACAAAACACACAUGCAUUCCUACAAGGGAAAAAUCAUUCUCUGGAAGCUGUGAUAUAACUAGACCCAAGCAUUCUAAUCCAUAUGAGAAACCAUAUCAGUGUUAUGUCUGUGGUAAAUCAUUUUCACAUAGAAUCACCCUAACUAUACACAAACGCAUUCAUACAGGAGAAAGACCGUAUCAGUGUGAUACUUGUGGGAGAACAUUCUCACGCAGAGGUAAUCUCACCAAUCACAUACGUAUACAUACACAAGAGAAACCAUAUCACUGUAUCAUCUGUGGUAAAUCAUUCUCAGAAAAAAAUAUCUUAAAUCUGCACAAACUCAUCCAUGCAGGGCAGAAACCAUAUGACUGUGAUAUCUGCAGCAAGUCAUUCUCUCGGUGUUAUGACUUAACUAUACACAAACGCAUUCAUACAGGAGUUAAGCCACAUCACUGUGAUGUUUGUGGUAAAUCAUUCACGCAGAAAAGUGUUUUAGCUAUGCACAAACGUAUUCAUACAAUAGAAAAGCCAUACCAUUGUGAUGUCUGCAGUAUAUCAUUUUCUCAAAAAAAUGUCUUGACACUGCAUAAACGUACCCAUACAGGAGAGAAGCCAUAUGCCUGCAAUAUCUGUGGUAAAUCAUUCUCCCGGUCUUAUGUCUUAACUACUCAUAAGCGUGUCCAUACAGGAGAGAAGCCAUAUCACUGUGAGAUAUGUGGUAAGUCUUUCUCUCAUGGAAAUGCAUUAACUGUACACAAACGCACUCAUACAGGAGACAAACCAUUCCAAUGUAAUAUUUGUGGGUAUUCCUUCUUUCAAAGUAGUGUCUUAACUAUUCACAAACGCACUCAUACUGGUGAGAAGCCAUAUGAGUGUGAUAUCUGUGAGAAGUCAUUCUCUCAAAGAAGUACUUUCAACAAUCAUAAAUAUGUUCAUAGAGCAGAGAAGCUGUUCCUCUGUGAUAUCUGUGGGAAAUCAUUCUCUAGAAAUAUUCAGUUAACUAAACAUAGACGUCUUCAUACAGAAAAGUAACCAUAUCAGUGUGAUAUUUUAGGAAACUCAUUCUGUGGAAAUGAAUGGCUUAACAUGACUCAAACAUAGUUAUACAGAAGAGAAGCCAUAUCAGCAUAACAUUUCUGGUAAAUCAGUUUCUGUAAGUAGUGACUAAACAAGGCACAAAUAUAUUAAAAUAGAAGAGAAAUGACAUUAUGAAAUCUGGGCAGAUGGGAAGAAACCUUAAACAAUUGUGAUACAAGAUAUCUUAUAAAAGCACAACUGUAUUUACACUUUUAAGAAAAUCAUUGUAUUGAAAUACUUGUAUGUAUUCCAUUUAACUUAUUUUCACAACAGAAAAAUAAUAUAUUUGAAUUAUUUGACAUUGUGGCUAAGAAAAUGAGACAUGUAUUGUCAAAUCACAGUUAACACUGUGAUUUUGUGCAUUUGUUAUGUUAGAAAUAAAUACACUAACUGUAAAAGAUAAUAUUUCAUCAUAGUAUAAUAGGAUAUAAGUAUAUCUGAUAUAUAUUCACAAUCUCAUAAACAUUAAUUCCUGUAAUGUAGUGUAUAUUCUAGGUUAAAUUUUGUCCAUAUACUAUCAUAGGAAGGAUUCUGCUGGAAGAUUUAUAUAUAACCAUUUCUUUUAUUUGUAGUAAGAUUCAUUUGUUAUAUGAUGAUUAAACAAUGUUUAUUUGAAUAUGUCUCUAAAUCUCAACUUGGUAUAAAUGCAAUAAGUGCUCUAUAAUUUGUGAAUCGUCAUUAUCAAUGUCCAUUCUACUAUUGCUUGCAUGGGUCGGACAUGUCAGUCAGAAGAUAUCACCACAGUUUCUGAAUCAUUUGGCAUCUGAACUUUGAUGCUAAGAAUCUUGUUCUGUCCUCAUUACAUUUUGUGAAUUUUCUAACCUGAGGUUUAAAUAAAGCUUUAUUCACUCUUAAA